AUGAUCUCCACGGCACUCCGUUGGCUGUUUCUGGUGUCCUUCAUCGUGGUGACCAUCGGCGGGAACGUGCUGGUGUGUUUGGCCGUGGGGCUCAGCCGCCGCCUGCACCGCACUGCUAACUGCUUUGUUGUGUCGCUAGCUGUAACGGAUCUGUUGCUGGGCCUGCUGGUGCUGCCCUUCUCUGCCUCCCUGGAGCUGCGGAGUGGACACUGGCCCCUGGGGGGCACCCUAUGUAACAUCUAUGUGUCUCUGGAUGCGAUGUUUUGUACGGCCUCCAUCCUGACUCUGCUGGUCAUCAGUGUGGACCGUUACCUGGCCAUCUCAGCCCCACUCUGCUAUCCCCGCAGGGUCACCUCUCCCCGAGUAGCCCUGGCCAUCACCACCAUCUGGGUCACUUCCAUGGCCAUGUCCUUCCUCCCCAUCCACCUGGGCUGGAACACGGCUGACUUCAGGGUGCAGAACCUGGACUGGGGCAUUUGGGACGAGGUGGAGGAGGGACGCACCUGCCGCUUUGAGUGGCAUAACAACUACGUGCUCCUAGAUGCCUUUGGCACCUUCUACCUCCCACUACUGGUCAUGUGCGGGAUGUACUACUGCAUCUUUCAGAUAGCACGCAAACAGGUACGGUGUAUCCGAGCUGCCACACCCUCAUUCGCCCCCACAGCAUCAGCGGCGGCCACAGCGCGGGAACACAAGGCCACAGUGACUCUAGCAGCAGUUCUGGGGGCCUUCAUUAUCUGCUGGUUCCCCUAUUACACCUUCUUUACCUGCAUGGGCAUCGGGGCAGAGACUAACCCCCCUACUACUGCCCACUCUGUGGUGCUGUGGCUGGGCUACUUUAACUCCGCUGUCAACCCCAUCCUGUACCCAGCCUUGAAUAGGGACUUCCGCAGGGCCUAUGGGGAGCUGCUGUGCUGCAGGGGGCUGCGGUGGAGACACAUGUCCACAACUAUCCGCGUGUCCUUGCAGAAACAAGUGCCCCUCUCUAGCGAACACAGAGACACUCAUCUGACCAAUGGCCACACAGACACCCUCCCUAAAGACAAUCAGCCAGAGGGAAAGAGCCUCACCCCUCAGAAGACCAAUGGCAGCAACAUUGCUGACCAGACCUGGUACAGAAUGUCCCGUCAGAGGUACAGUAUGUUGGAUGGCUUCCAGGAGGUUGGCGGAGGGGACACAAGGACAUCUGGAUGA